UACCCCUCUUCCUCCUCCUCCUCCCCCCCUUCUCCCCCCAAAUCGAAGAGCGCCUCCUCCACGCCCCUAGGGUUUCCUCCCCCUCCCCCCUCGCGGCCUCUCGCCGGCGGCCGCCCACCUCCGGGGAUCCUCUCUCCGGCGCGGAGCUUCCUCAUCCUGCCCGUCGCCCGCCCCAAUUGCCCGGCCGCCGCCUCCGCCGCUGCUGCAAGGGAAUCGCCCGGCGCCGCCGUUCCCCCCCGAUCGUCGUACCGUUGGCUGGUUGCGUGCUGCUGCGUCGAUCUCGUGGGCGGGUCACCCGGAGGCGGCAUUUUAGCGGCGGGACUCCGCGUGGUACGCUUCCCUUUGCCCUUUUAGCGCAGGCUUGUUUUGGCGAUUGAUCACACUGUAGAAAUCAAAUUCCAAGUGAAGUUGCCAAACAAUUACCUAUCUGCUGUUAUUGCUUCCAUGGCAACCAACGAGAACCUCCCACCAAAUGUCGUUAGGCAAUUGGCUAAGGAACUGAAGAGUCUUGAUGAGUCACCUCCAGAAGGGAUUAAAGUUAUUGUUAAUGACGAUGACUUCACCACCAUUUUUGCUGAUAUUGAGGGACCUGCUGGAACUCCAUAUGAGAAUGGAGUAUUCCGUAUGAAGCUAUUGUUGUCUCGUGACUUCCCUCAGUCUCCUCCUAAAGGAUUCUUCUUGACAAAAAUUUUCCAUCCAAAUAUAGCAACUAGUGGUGAAAUAUGUGUUAACACACUGAAGAAGGAUUGGAAUCCUAGCCUUGGAUUAAGACAUGUUCUGCUGGUAGUGAGAUGCCUUCUGAUAGAACCAUUUCCUGAAUCUGCCCUUAAUGAGCAAGCUGGGAAAUUGUUGCUUGAGAACUAUGAGGAGUAUGCACGGCAUGCAAGGCUAUACACUAGCAUCCAUGCACUUAAACCCAAGAAUAAGACCAAGAGCGGGACUAUUUCUGAAUCAACCACAGCUCUAAAUGUGGAUCAGUCAAACAAUGCUGUCAGCAAGAACACACCAUUGGGUCCAGCAGCAUUAUCUACCUCCACUGCAAAUAAAGCAUUUGGCUCUAAUUUGCAGGAUCAGAAUGCUGCUCCUUCUGAUCCUGCCUUGGGAGCAUCAGCAGUACCCAAGAAGGAUGGGCUACAUGCUGUGAAAGCUCCGGUUGAGAAGAAGAAGAUUGAUGCGAGGAAGAAGAGCUUGAAGAGACUAUAAGUAAAACAGCCUUGGAAAAACUGAGGCUGUUAGUUGUAGCUAAUAAUCUAGAUUUCUUCAUAAGUUCCAGAUCACCAGAUGCAUAGUAAAAUCGAUAAUAAUGUGGGGGCAUCUGAUGCAAUAUGAAACGGCGUUUGGGUUAAACAGAGAAGAAUGUGUGUUGUGACUGUUGGUGUACCAUACUGUCUGUGCAAUAUCAAUUGUUCGGAAGAAUACUUGUCUUUUCUGUCGUU